AGGAAGAAGGGAGAGUAUUGGGGGAACCUUAUCCAUUCCAGCCCUUUAUAAAAGCAGAUCAAAACCUCCAUUUUAAACUAUCAAAAUUGGCAGACCAAAUUCUCUCUCAUCAUUUCACAGUUCAACACCCACACCCGUAUAGAGAGUGGAAUUAGUCAGUCCAAAAUAAAACAGAGAGAAUUUAUUCAUCGGAGCUAUAUAUAUGGCUGCAUCCAAAACCUAUUGCGCUAGAUCAAACUACAGGUUCCUUCCCAACGAUCAGGCUCUCAGCAACGAUCCGAUGAUCUUCGAGCUCGACGAGUCCGACGUCUGGAGCGCGGCGGCGCGCUCGCAGUCGCCUGAGAUCCGCAAGGCGAGCGAUUCCAGAAUCUCGAGGAAAUCGUCGUCCGCGGCGGCCGGGGGAAACGGACGCGGCGGCCGUCCGUCGUCUCUGCCGGUGAACGUCCCGGACUGGUCGAAGAUACUCAAGGAUGAGUACAUGGAGACUCGCCGGAGAGACAGCGACGAGGAUUACGACGAGGACGACGGCGAUUGGAUCCCGCCGCACGAGUUUCUGGCGCGGCAGAUGGCGAGGACUAGGAUCCCCUCCUUCUCGAUGCACGAAGGGAUCGGGAGGACUCUCAAGGGGAGAGAUCUCAGCAGGGUCAGGAAUGCGAUUUGGCAGAAAACUGGUUUCGAGGAUUGAUUCAAUUUUUAUUUUUUUUUUGCGAGUUUAUUUUCUAUUUGUCCUUUUACGGUUUAUAUUCCGGAAAACGCCUCAUUUUGAGUUGACGGAGGCGAGGCCAUGGGAGGAUUGUAACACUUGAGAUUGGGUGAAAGGAAAAACAAAUGAUUUUUGGAUUUAAA